CAAAAAAAACAAAAACCAACCACCCCGGGUCUUAGUCUGUAUAUAAUCAGACAUAGCCGUUAAUAUUAGCAAUAUUCAUUAGUACAUUAUUAUUGCGAUUAUUAUUUAUUGCUGUUAUACCCAUCGCUGGUAACCUAUCUAUAUAACUUUUUCCUGUAAACACAAAAAAGUCUGCUGGUUCAAUAUUGCAUGUAAAAGUGUGCUUUGAGCGCCCUAAAUAGAGUGCCCUAGAAUGAUACUUGAUGGAUGAAGCUGUAAGUGGCAGAAGAAGAGGAGGGCCUUCCUGGGUUUACACGACUUUUUUCUUUGUGCGUCUUCUGUUUCCCUAAACGGGAAACUCUGAAAGUGGGGUCGUAUCAUUAGCAGACAAACAAAGAGGGAGGAAGGAAUUUCAGGUGCUAGGAAUCAGUUUAUUGUGAGAUGAGGUGGGUUUUUUUGCCUUCCUUGCUGACACUUUUUAAAAGUAACAGCUCUUCUCCAGUGCUAUUUUUCUAGAAAAAGAAAUGCUGGAACUCACCCUUGUUCUCUUAUAAUGGCAGUGGCACUCACCUGAGAGGUGUUUGAACUGAGUUCUGGUGCUUUCCAGUGGGGAGGGGGGAAAGCCCUGCUCUUCUCUAAACUACUUAAAGUAUCUUAAUACUUGCUUGCUGUUUUUUUCUUUCACACCCCUCAGAGAUGUAUGUCUUCAUGGUGUAUCUGCUAGUUUUGUACACACUUUUCUUUUGCCAGCUGGGUUUUGCGUUUCUCAGGCACCUUUGACAUUUAUAGAUGUGGACCUCCUCCUCCCUUGCUGCUCCUCAGAAUCCCCUUUCAGCAUUCCUGCAUCACUGUGGGUAGGGGGAUAAUUAAAAUUUAUGGCUGCUUUAAAUGGAUUCUAGAUGUAUGAUUUUAAGGUGGUGGUCUUACAUUGCUCUAGAUCUCUCUGAGGACCUUUGGCCCAAUGAAAAUAGUAAAGACAAAGAAUUUGCUUGGUUAUUAUUGGAAAGUUCAGCUGAGCAAGCAGUAGACAUGCGCUCACUCUGAUAUGUAGGAAUAUUGCAGAUCUGUUGGUUCUGCCUUGUGGAUUUCAGUGGCAAAAAUUCAGCUAAGCAAGAUCCACUUUGCACACUGAACUGUGCUGCUGCUAGUGAAGCUGUUUGAAAAGGUAGCUGUGACUUUAUCUGUACAUAGGUAGCAAACUCUGUGGCUGGAUUGCUGCUUGUGGUGGUGAUGCCCUGGUAAUACAACCAUCCCUUAAAUUUGUGGCGCAUAUGACGUUUUUUGCUCCUGUUAAAAGAGUGUCUUUGUUUCAUUUACGUCAAGAUAAGAUGUCUGUACGCUUAGUGGAAAAAGUGGCUGCUACGCUGCUAAGUGGGGCAGCCCAAUUGGACUAUGGGGUCACCGGUCCUGAAUGUGCUACAAUGAUUGGCAAUGACCUACCAGGCCAAAUUCAAAGUAUUAGUCCUUGCCUAUGAAGCCUAUCCACCAUGUCCGACCCUAAAAUUGGCAGGUGAGACCUUAUUGGUGGUGGUGCCACUCAGGGCUGCCUGGUUGUUGACCUUUGACAGGGUCUUUUCAGUGUCAGUUCACCAUUUUUGGAAUGUCACCCCUAAUGAGACACUUCUCUCUUAUCUUUGGCUUUCAGGAGAAAUUUUAAAACAUUCCUGUUUAUUCGGGAAUGAAUAUUUAUUCAGAUGUCUGAAAUACACUGUUCUUCGCCAUCCCAAGAUCGUUGGAAGGAACUGUUUUUAGAUUGCUUUUUAAUGUUUUAUCAUUGUUGUGUCUGGUGCCCUGGGCUGCUUCAGGAGACAGGCAUGAUAUCAAUCAAAUGAAUAAAAUAAAUAGAUAAAACAUAAAGAUGAUGAAUAGGAUUUGUUUUUGGCCUGGCAGCCCAUUUUGUGGUACCAAAUGAAGCUUGUGAAUCUGAUAACUAUAAAUAUUUUUAUUUAUUUAUUUGAACUUAAGAUGUUUCCUAGUCACCUCAAUGGAUCUAAGUUUCCUUAAAGAAAGAAAGAAAGAAAGAAAGAAAAAUAUUACAGAUUUUUAAAAUAUUAAUGAAGUCAUAUUUGUGUCUGGCUUUCACUGUACUAAACAGAAGCACGUGGUUUUCACUAAUAACUAUUAACAACUACCAAUUAUGUGGUUUGACCAACCAGUGGUAGGUCAACUUUGUCACUGAACUUAAAAUAAAACUUACUAAACCUCUGGGUAAUGAAAUUCCUUUCACUGUUGCUUGUUAUGGUGAGUAUUAAUCAUAGUCUAAUACUAAUUUUAAUGAUCGGUCAUGAUGAUGUCAAAUUAUUUUCUGAGGAGAAGACAGGUUUUUGGCAGGCUUGUAGCAUCUUCACAGAAUGAUGAUGUUCCCAGUAUUACAAAAAUGACUUGCUGUGUGCCAUUGGAUGUUGACCAGUUGUGUGUGAUGCUCAGUGAAUGAUAUUCCUGUGAUUAGUAUUUUAUUGAGCUAGAUGCUUCUUUAGUGCUGAUUUUAGUGUUCUAUUUGAUUUUGGGGGGGAAAUGUCGUGGUGAGGAUUUCAGCCCUUAAAGGCAGCCUAUAAAUAUUUCAAUUUGUUUUUUAAAAAGAAACCAGUUCCUGACAAAUAAUUUAACAGGGUGCCUUAGGGACAUAAAUUGAUCUAAAUAGGUUGGAACUUGAAUGAUGUCUUUGCAUCUGGAGUAUACUCUUUUGGAGGGAGAGGGGUUGCGUGAACAUAGUGAGAGUGGGAUAAUUAUGUAUAAUGUAAUGAUUCCUAAACUGUAUUUUAUUUUUCUUCUGGGACUCUGGAUGUGAGAUUCAUAAUUGCCAGUAUCUGAGUAAGGGGGUUCCUUACCUGUCAGUUUGUCUUUACCUGUUUUCCUUGCUGUUUAAAAAUGUUGCUUGGAUAGCUAUCCUUUCUGAAUGCUAGCCAAACUUUUCUGAAAAUCAGCUAUUUGAUCUCCGUUAUUUGGGCCUAGCUUGGUUUGUUGAUAGGUGAAUUUGCAUGCCUUUUUCAUAUUUUGAUAAAAAGGACUGGAUACCUUUUUAGACCUUGGGAAUUAAUGAGACCUGUUUCCUGACCCUCCCCCCCAUUACCUGAAUGGAAAUGUAUCAGCGUGAAAUAUUAAAUUUGAGGUAAAAUUUGGAGUAAUUUGAUCCUAGAUGUUGCUAUGCAACUACUCCUUAAUCAGCUAGCCUACUUCAUAGAACCUCUAGAGUGGAGAAAAGCUGUGUUGUUGUUGUUGUUUAGUUGUUUAGUCGUGUCCGCCUCUUCGUGACCCCAUGGAUCAGGACACACCAGGCACUCCUGUCUUCCACUGCCACAGUUUGGUCAGACUCAUGUUGGUGGCUUCGAGAACACUGUCCAACCAUCUCGUCCUCUGUUGCCCCCUUCUCCUUGUGCCCUCAAUCUUUCCCAACAUCAAGGUCUUUUCCAGGGAGUCUUCUCUUCUCAUGAGGUGGCCAAAGUAUUGGAGCCUCAGCUUCAGGAUCUGUCCUUCCAGUGAGCACUCAGGGCUGAUUUCCUUCAGAAUGAAUAGGUUUGACCUUCUUGCAGUCCAUGGGACUCUCAAGACAGAGUCUCCUCCAGCACCAUAAUUCGAAAGCAUCAAUUAUUCGGCCAUCAGCUCUCACUUCCAUACAUCACGACUGGGAAACCAAAGCUUUAACUAUACGGACCGUUGUCAGCAAGAAUGGCAAUGUGCUCAUCAACCAGCUCAGAGAGAUCACAGGCAUUCAGGAUCCUUCGUUCCUCCACACAGCCCUGAAGGCUGCUGAUGGAAACUUAAUUCAAGCUGUUAGUUUCCUCACAGAACACCACGCUAAAGAGUCAGGGCAAGAAGCCAUUGCUGCAGAACCAUCUGACUGUGAAGGAAGUGCAGUGGGCAAAAAUGAGGCAACCAGUCCAGUUGAAGCAACAGAAGAUGAUGAAGCUAAUCUGCAGGAAGCUGUUUCUUCUGGAGCCCUUGAUUUUCCAAGUGUUCAAGUUGUAGAAAAAGAUCCAAAUGCAACAGUGAAUGUAGUUUAUGAACCAAGUGUGGCUGAAAGCAACAAUCGGUCCAAACGGAAACGGUGUGAUGUCUGGGGAGAGACUGCUGCCCAGAGUGAGUGGAGGAGAGCAGGCGACUGGCCAGUAGGGAUGAAAAACAUUGGAAAUACUUGCUGGUUCAGUGCGGUAAUACAGUCUCUCUUCCAGCUGCCAGAAUUCCGCCGGUUGGUUCUUAGCUACUCCCUUCCACAGAGCGUACUGGAAAAUUGUCAAAGCCAAAGCAAAAAGAGGAACAUCGCAUUCAUGCAGGAACUUCAGUAUCUCUUUGCUUUAAUGCUGGGAACACCCUGUAAAUUUGUAGACCCUUCUGCUGCCCUGGACCGUCUCAGAUGUGCAUUCAGUUCACCUGAGGAGCAGCAGCAAGAUGUGAGCGAGUUCACCCACAAACUUCUGGAUUGGUUGGAGGAUGCUUUUCAGCUGGCUGUGAAUGUUAAUGGUAACUCACAGGACAAAUCUGAGAACCCAAUGGUUCAGCUUUUUUAUGGGACUUUCCUUACUGAAGGUAUUCAUGAAGGCAAGACCUUUUCCAAAAUAGAGACGUUUGGCCAGUACCCCCUGCAGGUAAAUGGUUAUAAGAACUUGCAUGGAUGUUUGGAAGGCGCCAUGGUAGAGGGGGAGACUGAACCGUCGUCAUCUAAUCAGUCAGUGAAGUAUGGGCAAGAGCGCUGGUUUACAAAACUUCCUCCCGUGUUGACUUUUGAACUUUCCCGUUUUGAGUUCAAUCAGUCGCUUGGGCAGCCAGAGAAGAUACACAACAAGCUAGAAUUUCCACAGAUAAUUUAUAUGGACAGGUUCCUGUAUGGUAACAAAAAGCUUGUUCAAGCCAAAAGAGAAGAGAUCAAGAAACUGAAGGAUCAGAUAACGGUUCUACAACAGAAAUUGGAAAGGUACACAAGAUACGGUUCUGGUGCCAGCCGCUUCCCUUUACCAGACAUGCUGCAGUAUGUUCUUGAAUUUGCAGGUUCUAGGCUGCCCGGGGCUCCCCCCUGCACUCAAGACUUGACACCAGUAGCUGAAUGCCAAAUUUCAGAGACUCCUCCAAUGCAAAGCAGGGUGACAGUAACACAAGCUGAAAGUGCCAAGGUCGUAGCCUCUGCCCUAGCCACAUCUCGCCAGGAACCAGCCAACGAACCCAUCCAGUUUCCCAGGCUUCCUGUGAAGGUACCAGAAGGUCAUGUCCCUCAUGAGAUCACAAAGGAUGAAAUAAGUCUUGUUGUGGCCUGCCUGCAACGAUGGAGAGAAGAAGUUGAGCAGGACAUAAAAGACCUGAAUGCUUCUAUUGCACUGCUUUCCCAAUCUAUUGACCAGAUGUACUCAGAUCCUUUGCUUCAUCAGGUCCCUUACCACUUGCAUGCUGUCUUGGUCCAUGAAGGCCAGGCCAACGCUGGCCAUUACUGGGCCUACAUCUACAACCAGCCCCGAAAGAGCUGGCUCAAGUACAAUGACAUCUCUGUGACAGAGUCAUCUUGGGAAGAACUGGAGAGGGACUCUUUUGGAGGUCUGAGGAACGCCAGUGCCUACUGCCUGAUGUACAUAAAUAAAAAGCUGCCACACUUUGCUGCUGCUGAUUAUGUUAAUGGGCAGACCCAGAGAGAAGUGGAAUCUCUGCCUCUGGAGCUCCAGCACUACAUCCAAGAGGACAACUGGAGGCUUGAACAAGAGGUGGCAGAGUGGGAGGAGCAGUCGAGCAAGAUGGCGCAGAUGGAUCAGUCAUCACCAGCAGAGUCUCAGGACCUCUCUUCUUCUGACUUGGGACAAGAACUAUCUUCUUCCUCCAGCUCUGAACGGGUGGCACAUUCCCACUCCUCCGAACAUGCCAUGAUUGCCAAGGAACAGACGGCUCAAGCCAUUGCCAAGGCAGCUGAUGCAUAUGAGAAGGCUGGUGGAUUGGCAGCUCUUAACAAGUCAAAGGAGGCAGAACCAGUGCAGCACCUCCCAGAAGAAGCAGCAAACCCCACCAUUCAGGCAGAAGAGCCACAGGAUGCUAAGGGGAUGGAGUUUUCUGCCCCACCUAGCUCACAGAUCACUGAAGUGGAUAUCCCCAGUGUGGGAAAGAUUCUAGUUAGAUCAGAUGCAGAUGGAUAUAAUGAAGAGAUGAUGCUCAGUCCUGCCAUGCAAGGUGUGAUCCUGGCUAUUGCUAAAGCCCGUCAAACCUUUGAUCGGGAUGGGUCUGAAGCAGGGCUAGUUAAGGCAUUCCAUGAAGAAUACUCCAGGCUGUACUCGCUGUCAACAGAGACUCCAACACCACAAAAUGACCCCCGGCUUCAGCACGUCCUAGUUUACUUCCUGCAGAACAAUGCGCCAAAGCAAGUGGUGGAACGGACUCUUCUGGAGCAGUUUGCAGACAAAAACCUCAGCUAUGAUGAAAGAUCAAUUAGCAUUAUGAAGGUAGCUCGAGCUAAGUUGAAAGAGAUUGGUCCUGAUGAGGUGGACAUGGAAGAGUAUAAGAAAUGGCACGAAGACUACAGUUUGUUUCGCAAAGUAUCUAUUUACCUCUUAACAGGCUUGGAACUGUAUCAGAAUAAACAGUACUAUGAAGCUCUGACCUAUCUGGUGUAUGCCUAUCAGAGCAAUCUGACCUUGCGGAGGAAGGGAGCCAACAGAGGCGCCAAUGCAUCUUUAAUUGCUCUGUACAGAAGGAAAUGUCUCUUGAAGUUGAACGAUGCUGCAGCAGCUCUCUUUGAAAGUAGCAAUGAGUUGAGUGUGGAUGAAGGUGUGAACAUCUUGAACGAGCUGAUCAUACCCUGCAUGCACCUCAUCAUCAACAAUGAUACCUCAAAGGAUGACCUGGAUGCUGUUGAGAUCAUGAGAAAUCGUUGGUGUGCUUACCUGGGAAAGGACAUGAAUGAGGACCUGCAACUAAAACUGAGUGAAUUCCUACCCCGCCUGCUAGAUGGUUCCUCCGAGGGCAUCGUUCUGAAAGAACCGCCCAAGAUCCGCCCCAAUUCUCCCUACGAUCUCUGCAGCCGAUUUGCAGCUGUCAUGGAAUCCAUUCACGGGGCCUCGACUGUCACUGUCAAAUAAAAACUGCCGACUGUACUGUAUUAAGCUCUGGAGACCACGUGCCCACCAGCGUGUGGCAUCCAGCUGCCGACCACCUUUUGGAAUGGAGCAAGGAAGAGAGAUGCUACGUUGAGACAAUCCACAUUCAGACCUAACCAAAACUGUGCUUAGAAAAGGGCUAAAUGGGACAUGACAUGGGCAGGCACUAAGUCAGAACAUAUCUUGAGGUUUCACUGUUUUACGUUGCCUAUAACUGCGUUUGCCUUGGCUUCCUACAAGAACACGGUAGGAAGACUUUUAUUUUUUUAAACGGAAAUUUUAAACACAGCAUAUUGUACAUAUAUACUUCUGUUGUGCUCAAUUCUUAUGGAGUAUGCAGUGGUUUGAUAUGCUCAUUGUGAGCAUUCCAUGCACACUCUGUUAUAUUUUGAAUGCACUUGCCACAUAUGUUGGGCUAUUCAUGUGUCCUAAUGCCAGCAGUAUGUUAUCAGUGCUGAUAGCUGUUGUGCUGUCACUACAUAUGACUGAGCCAACACAAGGGGGUGCAUUUAAAGCACAAUGGGGAGCAUGUAACCUGGAGCCUGUUUAAACUGGACCUCAGCGACAUCAAAGCAGGACUGAUUCAGGGAAUAAGCCAGACAGUCGUAGGUAAUUUUAAGAGCAAUAAUUCACAUUCACCUUUUUCGUGUAAAAUGGGAGCCUAUCAAUUGAGGCCCUUCCCAUCAGGUAUCUCCUGAUGUGGCGGUAACAGAAGAACCUGGUAGCCUGGGUUGUACAAAAUACAGGCAUUCAUGCACACUGCAUUUGUGUGUGUUGGCAACUCAAAACACAGUUGAUGCCAUCAGGAGAAAUGGUGAUGGUGGCAAUAUUUUACAGUUGCUACAGAAUUGCAGAAGUCAUUCCAGGACAAGAAUAGAGAUGCAAAACAAAACCCAUAAGGAAACUGCUUUCUCUGACCUCCCAAAGCAUAUCUCUUUUAUUACCAAUCACUGAAUUUUCAUUACCAGGCUAGUAUUGGCAGUGACAAGGGCUCUGAAGUCAGGAAUAAUAAACCUUUCUAAAAAGAUACAGCUUAACUGGCAAAGUCUACUGCCAAUAUUUUAAAGCAAUCUUUGUUUUACUGGAAUACAUUGGCAAUCGGGAUGUAAAUGGAAAUACAUAUUUGAUAAGCCUUUUUCUGUUUUAAUUAAAUGUGCAAUAAAGAAUUUUACCCUAUUUAAA